UGCAUCCACACUUUCAUUGGCCCAGCCUACCGACUAUCAAGCCGAGCAAGACUGUGAUGAUGAUGAUGACUGAUGGCAGCAGCCGGAAUGUCUCGGCGAGAACACCAAAAAGGACGCUUCUUGAUGACGAUGAAGAUCUGGUGGUCACACCUCGUUCUGUUCGCGAGAAUUCCCUUGCCGCCGCGAGCACGCAAAAGAUCCCUAUCACACAUGACAGCAUUGCUCAAUUUUCAGCCCCGAGAGAAGCAAAGAAGGUCAAGACCCAUCACGAACCCGACGGCUCGUUCCUAUCCACCUUAGAAGGGCCAUACAGUUAUGUCCCUCGCACUCGCCGAAAUAUCACCCGGACGGACUCUUCAUCUUCCAACCCCUUCCAUCCAGAGUCCAAGGUCCCGCUGAGAGAGGAAGUGCGCUUAAAAGCACAGAAUGCAGAGCUGCCGCCAUUGAAGUGCUUUCCAAGCCCUCAGCUGGAGCUCCCUGAUCACUACAAGGCACUGGAGCAGCUACAUGCCGCCAUCGAGACAGCGCUCGUCCAGCAUUUUGCGACGAGCAGCAAUCUCGGACCCAUGGAGACGUCUGUCUCGAAGGACGGCGUCAAAAACAUCACGCUCCCCAAGGUACUGACGUACUCGGAGCUCACUCAGCUGGUCCGACAGCGUCGUCCGUUGGGAAAGACUCAAUUUGCUCAGCUUGCAUGGCUUUGGUCGGGCGGGAAGGCCGAGAUGUUUGACCCGAAGCGCAGCAAGGAGCUCGAAGAACAGGUCAAAGAGGUUCGUGGCCUUGGCUUUGUCGUUCGCAAGGUAAAGGCGAUAGACGCAAAAACCAGGAAGGAUGCGUGGGAUCUGGGUCUUGGAGUCGAGCUCUCGCUCCACCGCCCGAAACGAGAACAGACGCCGCCUCUCCAGGUCGGCUAUCUCACAGCCGGCCCAAGAGCAGACACACCCUCGUCACCGGUACAGUCGUCGCCCUCCACCUUUACCAGCUCACCACCUACAACUCCGAGCAAACCUGCACGUAUCCGCACGCACACGCGCCCGGAGCUGCCCUCAUCGCCUGCUAUUGCCGACUCGCCCCCUUCGACCCCAAGCAAGCUUUCGCGAGUGCGCACGCGCGCACGACUGCCGAGCAACACGGAUUGGACGCCAGGCAGCGGGUUCGAUAGCAGCGUGAACCGGGACCAGAUGAGCAUCAGCACCAUGUGGAACAACGGCAUCGAGCUUCGCAAGCAAGAGGUUGCUCGGCGCCUCAGGGAAAGAGCAGCGCAGCAUUAUGAGGCGUUCGUACGCUCUCAAGACGAUUCACAAGAGGACAGUGAUGCGACAGUGGAGGAAAUGUUCAUUCAAGAUCACACCGCGCUGCCUUCGACUCCGCCAGCGACACCUCGCAAGCCGUCCCACACUGCCGUCGUUGGGCACGGCGGUCUUCUGACGCCCUCCGCCACACGGUCCCCCUCUCACAAACCCGGCAGCCGCAGAGUGAUGAAAGUCGGCGACGCAACGCAGCUUCCAUCGCUAGAAUUCUGGCCGGCUGAUUUCAAUAUUGAGCACAUCCCACCUGUUCCUCAGGCGGCGCUGCCCUCUCUCCGGGAAGAGCGCUCGAUCAAGGUUCCCAGCUUAAACCUCAAACUUGCACAGAGCUCGAGCCCCGAUGCAGAGGCGAAAGCGCGACCCACAGCACCGGUGUCCACGGCCGGGAUGACCCCAGCAGAGCGAGAGAGUGCUAUGCGUGCUCGAAUCGAAGCGAAGGCGGGACUGAAGGGUCCGACGACCAGCUUGCAGAUGAUGCAGGAGCACAAAGACAAGGCGAUUCUAUCACGCUUGCCAAGAGUGGGGCAGGUGCUCGUUGGAUUCUUCCCGCAAAAGACCCACGGCCCAGCUGGACGCUACGAGAAGAAGAAGGCGCACGAGGUCAUUGCAGUAGUGAAACAGGCGCUAGGUCGCACGACGGAGGACGACGCUCAGCGAGCUAUCGAGAUGGUUCGUAAGGCUGCGCCAGGCUUUCUGGCUGUCGAGACGGUGCCUGGCCAGGGUGCGAUUUAUGCACGGAUAGGCCGGCCGGCGAUGUCGUCACAGGAGCUUCAAACGGCGCUCAGGAAGGCGAGCUCUGGAGAGUUAGCCAUGUAGCAUA